CAGUCCGGUGUCUCAGUCCAGCAGCAGCAGCAGAGCAACACCACUCAGUUUAUCGCACCUUUUAAUUAACCUGCGGAUGGAUUUAAAUGAAGGGGAGCCGAAGAUUCACCUGUGGGACUACGGAGCGGCUGUAAACUCUUCUAAAUGAUUCUGAUCGGACUUUACCUGCCGGGUUCCAGCCUUGCAUUUAAUCUGAAUUAGACUCCUGACCAGUUUGGCCUUGUUCUGCUCAUUGUGGAUUAUGUGGAUUAUUACCUCUUCAGUUUAGGCUCCUCUUUGGGUUUUUAAACCCGUUGUGAACCACAUGGAGGAGUGACAGCACACCGACGUUUGACAGGUGAACACGUUUAAACGUAAGUUUGAUGCAGAAAGACAGAUGAUGGACACGUUGGCUUUGAAUCAUGGAAUAUUUUCUAUAACGCAUUUUUAAACUUUUAAAACGCGACUUCUCCUGCAGCUCACCCCCCUGAAAGACAAGCAGCCCGCGCCGAGACCGAGCUGUUGGGCUGCGGGAAGCGUUUGUCGAGAAAACGUGCGUGAAUCUGGACACAUUUUUGGACAUUUUCUCCCGUCCAGAGGAGUAAAAACAGAUUUUACGGUUGCUGUCAUAUAGUGAGAGAACAGCGCGCGCGGCUCACUCCCUGCAGGGGGGGCGGGGGCGCACGCGCCGGGCAUGUUUGGCACGGGUGGUUAUAGUUUAACGCCUCUCCCGUUUAAAAUCACCAAACUUACAAACAACAUGAAGAGGAAAGCAGACACCCGCUGAGUUAACAGGUAUAAAUUAUUCAGCUGUGGUGGAAGUGGACUACCUGCUGGGGAGAGGAUGGCCUUUUGGAAGGAGGGCAGCACUCUCUUGCUGGUUCUGUUGGUUCUGCUCGACCUACAGCCGGUCACCGGGCGAUCAUCUCGACACCGCAGCUUGAGGCGUCAGACUCGAGGGCACCAUGAACACCGGGCGUACCAGAACAUCACGUUGGCUGUCAUUUUACCACAGAGCAACACGCAUUACCCUUGGGCUUGGCCUCGCAUCGGUCCCGCCCUGGAGCGGGCCGUCAAAACCGUCAACGCGGACCCCACCCUGCUCCCCGACCACCACCUCACUUAUGCUUUCAAGAACAGUGAAGACAAGGACGGCAUCUGCUCCGAGUCCGUCGCCCCGCUCAUGGCUGUGGACCUUAAACUUGCGUACGACCCGUGGGCUUUCAUUGGGCCUGGCUGCUCCUACACGUCCUCCCCCGUUGGCCUCUUCACCACCCACUGGGACGUUCCCAUGGUUACUGCGGGCGCCCCGGCCGUGGCCUUUUACGGUGGAGUCUACCCGUCCAUCACCAACACAGGCCCUACCCACAAGAAGCUUGGGAAGUUUGCCCUGCGGAUCUGUGAGCACUUUGGGUGGCGGGAGCACGUGAUGCUCAUGUUCAAUGACAACAAGGUGGAUGAUCGGCCAUGUUACUUUGCCGUGGAGGGUUUGUACACGGAGCUGAAGAGCAUCAACAUCACCCUCAUCGACAGAGUGUUCGAAGAGAACAAGCCGCCAGUCAACUACUCUCAAAUCCUCACCGACAUUCAGAAUGACGGCCGUGUUUUGUUUGUCUGCUGCUCACCUGACGUCUUCAGGAAGUUGAUGGUUCAGUUUCGGCAGACAGAUCUUCCUCAUGAGCAGUACGUCUUCUUCUACAUCGACGUGUUCGGAGACAGUCUGAACUCCAAACAUGGACAGCCGUGCCGUGGGGACGAGGACGAUGCCAUCGCCAAGGAGGCCUUCCAGAGUGUGAAGAUCCUGACGUACCGAGAGCCUCAGAACCGCGAGUACAGAGAGUUUGUCGACAACCUGAAGACAGACGCCAGGAAAAUGUUCAACUACACCAUCGAGGACUCACUGAUGAACAUCAUAGCAGGAGGUUUUUACGACGGCUUGAUGCUCUACACUCACGCUCUGAAUGAGACCAUGUCGAUGUCUGGCGGUCGGCCUCCGGGCAAAGUCGUCACCAAGAGGAUGUGGAAUCGAACCUUCCACGGUGUAACAGGACUGGUCCACCUGGACGAGAACGGAGACAGAGAGACAGACUUCGCCCUGUGGGACAUGAUCGACACCAACACCAGCGCCUUCCAGAUAGUUUUGGUGUACAACAGUUCAGAGGAGCAGCUGACGGCCAUCCCUGGAACAACACUGCACUGGCCGGGUGGAGUUUGUCCUCCUGACGUUCCUGUCUGUGGCUUCAAGCACGACAACCCCAUCUGCCUCGCGAGUCAGUGGACAAACCAAGAUCAAGUUCACUUCAGUCGUGCACAGAUGGUUUCCAUCGUGGUCUUCUUCAUCGUCACGAUGACCCUCACAGUCACCAUCUUCAUCUACAGGAGGAUGAAGCUGGAGAAGGAGCUGGUGGCUCAGCUCUGGAGGAUUUCCUGGGACGACGUCCAGAUGAGCAACCUGGACAAAGUGCUGCGCAGCGGCAGCAGGAUCACACUGUCACUGAGAGGCUCUAACUACGGCUCCCUAAUGACUGGAGAUGGAAACCUGCAGGUUUUUGCAAAGACUGGAUACUACAAGGGAAACAUCGUGGCCAUGAAAUACACCAACAGGAAACGCAUCGAGCUGAACAGGAAGGUCCUGUUUGAACUCAAACAUAUGCGAGACGUUCAGAACGAACAUCUGACCAGGUUCAUUGGAGCGUGCAUCGACCCCCCCAACACCUGUAUCAUCACAGAGUACUGUCCCAGAGGAAGUCUGCAGGACAUCUUGGAGAACGACAGCAUCACUCUGGACUGGAUGUUUAAAUAUUCUCUCAUCAACGACAUCGUCAAGGGCAUGGUGUUCCUCCACAACAGCGUCAUCGUCUCUCACGGUAAACUCAAGUCGUCAAACUGUGUCGUCGACAACCGCUUCGUCCUGAAGAUCACAGACUACGGUUUGUCCAGCUUUCGAUCUGACAGCGACUCAGGAAAAGACGCUCAUGCCUACUAUGCCCAGCGGUUGUGGAUGGCUCCAGAGCUGCUCAGGAUGGAUUCUCCUCCUCCUCAGGGAACUCAGAAAGGAGACGUCUACAGCUUCGGCAUCGUCCUCCAGGAGGUGGCGCUGCGCCGGGGAGCCUUUUACCUGGAGGGAGACCCACUCAGCCCUAAAGAGAUCGUGGACCGGGUGGUUCUGGGCGAGUGGCCCUGCCUUAGACCGAGCAUCGACCCACAGAGUCACAGUCCUGAGCUGGGUCAGCUGAUGCAGCGCUGCUGGGCCGAGGAGCCGACAGAGAGACCAGAGUUCAACCACAUCCGCCUGCUGCUGCGCAAACAGAACAAGGAGUCGAGGACCAACAUCCUGGACAAUCUGCUGUCCCGUAUGGAGCAGUACGCCAACAACCUGGAGGAGCUGGUGGAGGAACGAACACAAGCUUAUCAUGAGGAGAAACGCAAGGCUGAAGCUCUACUGUACCAGAUACUACCACACUCAGUAGCGGAGCAGUUGAAGCGCGGUGAGACGGUUCAGGCGGAGGCCUUCGACUCCGUCACCAUCUACUUCAGUGACAUCGUGGGUUUCACUGCCAUCUCUGCAGAGAGCACACCAAUGGAGGUGGUGACUCUGCUGAAUGACCUCUACACCUGUUUCGAUGCCAUCAUUGACAACUUUGAUGUUUACAAGGUGGAGACCAUCGGCGACGCCUACAUGGUGGUGUCGGGGCUGCCGGUGAGGAACGGGAAGCUGCACGGCAGAGAGAUCACCCGUAUGGCCCUCGCCCUGCUGGACGCCGUCCGAACCUUCAAGAUCCGCCACCGACCAGAACAACAGCUGAAACUGAGGAUAGGAAUACACAGCGGUCCGGUGUGUGCAGGAGUGGUGGGUCUGAAGAUGCCACGUUACUGUCUGUUCGGUGACACCGUCAACACGUCGUCACGUAUGGAGUCCAGCGGAGAAGCGCUGAAGAUCCACGUGUCGGCGGCGACUCGCGACGUCCUGCUGGAGUUCAACUGCUUCCAGCUGGAGCUGAGAGGAGAGAUCGACAUCAAGGGCAAAGGGAAGAUGACCACCUAUUGGCUACUGGGAGAGAGCGACAGCCAAUGACAAAACGCCGCAGACAGGGGGACGACAGAGGACUGAGAGAGAGGGGGAUGAAGAAAGAAGAAGGAAACGAGGGAACAGAUGAGUGGAAAGAGGAAGGAACAGAGAGGAGGAGGAAAGGAAGUUAAGUUGUAAGGGAAGAAAGUGGAGACGGGAAGAGAAAAGGAGUUCAGGGAAGUGAAGCUGAUGAAGCAAAUGAAGUCGAGACGGUAUCCCACAGACGUCUCAGGUCCUCGUCAUCCUGCAGCAGAUCUGUCAGAGGACUCGUCUACUCCUGGUUGUUUUUUGAUUCCUGAACAGAAGAGACCUGGAAGGUUUCAGACUUGACAACACGGAGGAAAGUACUGGUACAUUCGCCACACACGAAGGAAAAAACUGCUCAACUAAAGGAAGGAGAAGGACAAGUAAACAAAAACACAGAUGCAGAAAAGAAGAUGAUGACAGAGGAGGAGCAGAGGGAAAACCUGGUCUGAAAGCUGCAGAAACAGGAAUCAAACUGUAUAAAUGAAGGGCUGGAACAUAAUGUAAAUAAAAGAACAGAGAGCUGCAAAGACAAAAAUAUUAACAGACUCUUUAUAUUCUGUGUUCCAGAUCUUGUCUUGAACAGCCCAGAAUCAGGCGUUAUUUAGCCCCGUGGGGGACUGUCUCAUCCACUGCGUGGGAGUCCCGGAUGAUCCCACAGAAACGAGGUGGGGAAGUUAACCAGAUGUACAUUUACCAAAACAACCAGUUAGUCUUCAUCCUUUAAGUCUUGUAAAACUGAAAAAUACUGUUUCAAAACCCUUCCGAUAAAGUAUUAAUCUCACCAUUGGGUCGCUUGUCCAGGUACGUUUUGUAGUGCCACACUGGAAAACAAAAAAACACAAAGAUGAGGUGUUUAUCAUAAGUAUUUCAAACAGUAUUUUUCAGAGAAAAGACUUAAAGGAUGAAGACUAACUGGUUUAUGUGGCAAAUGCGCACAGCUGCUUCCCCUAGCUCUUCAGAUUAACUGCGGCAGGGCUCAUUUAAAUUUGUCGUGUUAGUAAACACCACGCUAAAUUGAAACAUGAUGGCUAACUUUGCAAAGUUAGUGCGUCCGAAAAACCGGCGUAAACAAAUGUUUCGCUUUGUUUUUAAAUAAAAAGUUGCAAUUUACAUGAAAUUUUGAUUUUGAAAUUCAAUUAGGAAGACUUCACAGAAGCCCGUUCUGUUUAAACUCUCAGUACAAUGAAACGAUUGUUUCAUGUUUAAGUUCAGCCAGGCAGCACUGCAGCAGUCUGAGGAGUUAAAACACGUCUGCAGGGAGGACUGUUGGGGAUCAAAACUGUGACACCCCAGGUAUAAUUCUCUGCUCAGACGCCUUCCUGAUCUCUUAACAGUGGACUCUCACACCCCGAGCAGCAAAUGGGACGAACGUAGCGGAGCUGUUAGUGGGGCAGAAUAUUUUCUUGUAGAUUUCAUAGAUUCAUGAACUGAAAAAGCCUCAAAAUGUUAAUGUCUUAACUUAUGAAAACCGCUGAUAUUUUUAUAUAGUGCCAUUACAUGUGUAUUACAUGUGGAGAGUAACAGUUUUAGAAUAUACAUCUAAUUUUGGGAAAAUGAUCAUUAACUAAAGCUCAUCAUUGUGUAUCUCUGAAGAGAUUCCGGUCAUCACAGGUCAACUCAGUGUGUUCAUCAGUAACCUGCUCAUUUAAAGAGUCACAGAUUCUGUUCGUUUUGUGCUGUCAAUCAUUUUGUGAGAUCAGUUUGAACUAUCUUGUUUUCACUCGAUGUUGCACUUCCCCCCUGGUGCCAUUUUGCUUCCCUGCAUUCGACUAAAGGUUAGCUUCAGUUCAAGUGGGGAUUCAGAAAAGUGAAAAUGAGCCAUUUGUUUUUACUGGGGAUCAAACCAGCGGUGUGUGUUUGUUUGUUUGGACUGACCUGUAGUGGCCUGAAUAAAGUGGUGUGCAGAG